CCGAAGGAAUAAAAUUAAGAGCCUCAAAAUCAGUUUCCAAUGGAACAGCUAAGCCUGCCACUUCUGAGAACUUUGAUGAAGAUUUGAAAUGGGUAGAAGAAAAUAUUCCCUCUUCAUUCACAGAUAUAACUGUCUCAGCAAACAGCAGCUCCUCUCGGCCAUCCGCCAGCUGCAGCAGCUGCUGAAAGGCCAGGAGACACGCUUCGCCGAGGGCAUCCGCCACAUGAAGAGCCGGCUGGCCGCGCUGCAGAACUCUGUGAGCAGGGUGGUCCCAGAUGCCCCUCCAGUUUCCUGCCCGGCUCUGAACGCACCCACAGAUGGCAGAAAGUUUGGAAGCAAGUACUUGGUGGAUCACGAAGUCCAUUUUGCCUGCAACCCUGGGUUCCGGCUGGUCGGGCCCAGCAGCGUGGUGUGUCUUCCCAAUGGCACCUGGACAGGGGAGCAGCCCCGCUGUAGAGAUAUCAGUGAAUGCUCCAGCCAGCCUUGUCAAAAUGGUGGUACGUGUGUAGAAGGAGUCAACCAGUACAGAUGCAUUUGUCCUCCAGGAAGAACCGGGAACCGCUGUCAGCAUCAGGCCCAGACUGCCGCCCCCGAGGGCAGCGUGGCCGGUGACUCUGCCUUCAGCCGCGCGCCGCGCUGUGCGCAGGUGGAGCGGGCUCAGCACUGCAGCUGCGAGGCCGGAUUCCACCUGAGCGGCGCUGCCGGCGACAGCGUCUGCGAGGAUGUGAACGAGUGUGAGCUCUACGGGCAGGAGGGGCGCCCCCGGCUCUGCAUGCACACCUGCGUGAACACCCCGGGUUCUUACCGUUGCACCUGCCCCAGCGGAUACCUAACCCUGGCCGACGGGAAGAGCUGUGAAGAUGUGGAUGAAUGUGUGGGCCUGCAGCCGGUGUGCCCCCAGGGGACCACGUGCAUCAACACCGGUGGAAGCUUCCAGUGUGUCAGCCCUGAGUGCCCUGAGGGCAGCGGCAAUGUGAGCUACGUGAAGACGUCUCCAUUCCAGUGUGAGCGGAACCCCUGCCCUAUGGACAGCAGGCCCUGCCGCCAUCUGCCCAAGACCAUCUCCUUCCAUUACCUCUCUCUGCCUUCCAACCUGAAGACGCCCAUCACACUCUUCCGCAUGGCCACAGCCUCUGCCCCCGGCCGAGCUGGGCCCAACAGCCUGCGCUUUGGGAUCGUGGGUGGCAACAGCCGCGGCCACUUUGUGAUGCAGCGCUCAGACCGGCAGACUGGGGAGCUCAUCCUCGUGCAGACCCUGGCGGGGCCUCAGACGCUGGAGGUGGACGUCGACAUGUCGGAAUACCUGGACCGCUCCUUCCAGGCCAACCACGUGUCCAAGGUCACCAUUUUUGUAUCCCCCUAUGACUUCUGAGGGUACACAGGAGCACCGGGGUGUGGAGAUCUGACCUCAUUUCUCUUCCCCGAAGGCUCAGCUUCGGGCACUGACUGCGUGGACCCUCCCGCCUGUUCCCGCCCUCUCGCCGGUGCAUCCAGGCUUCUAGGGCGGCGUUGCACGGUGUCCCAUGGAAUAGCACAGAAGAGCAGCCACAAAACUCAACCUGCUGCCAUCACAUUUUUUUUUUUUUUUUUUUUUUUUUUCUGCUUUGAGGUCCUUCCCUUAGAUUAUGCACUAACUUUCUUAAACCUUUUUCAUUCAGGGGAUGGGUGGCUUUCCAAAACACUGUGCAAAUGGCCUUGUGAGUUUGAACUGCUGGGGAGAGAAAAGCUGGCAAUGUGUGUCGGAUGACUAUCAGCACUUCUGCAUUUUUAUAGCCAGGCUUGCUAUGAAUGAGGCCGUUCUAGUCGUGUGGGGGGCCUAGUCAUGCCUCUGCGCAUGUAGCAUAGGAAGUGGAGUCUCCUCCCAUGACCCAGCACGUUGUUCUUACCUGCCUUUUCCUCUGUGACAUGCCUGCCUGCCUUCUCAUCAGAGAGCCACAGGAGGGCCUUAAACCCCACGCAGAUCCUUCUAGACCAAGGAUCCAUUGUUAAAAGCAUGGAUUCUGCCUGAGUUACUUCCCUUUUGAGAAAUCAUAUCUCAAAUACAUAACCUGGUAAUAUAACUGGAAAAAUAAAAGCGAUUGCUCCUUCC